UAGUGGGAGAAACAUAUAAUGUAAAAAUCGUUGAAGACAACCUGUAUCGUACAUCCAUAACACUGCAAACUAUACAAAAAUAAAGCAAAGAUCAGGAUAUUCUUAAAAUUGGUUAAGGUGUCAGAAAAUUAUAUCAGGCCAAAAUAAGCGCUAAAGAUCUCUAAACCAUCUAACCAACAAACAUAACCUGUAUAAAAACUUCUACAAUAAGAAUUUUUAAUCUAAAAUCAUGUCGGAUGAUGACGAUUACAUGUCUGACAAGUUUUUACAAGGAAUGGAAAAAUGUGUUGCACCUAGUCUUGUGCAUCGCCAUACCGAUAAAAGACAAAUAGAAAUGAUGAAGAAGAAAGUAAAAUUAGAGGCGCAAAUGAGAGAGAAAAAUAAGCCUGUGAGAGUGAUUGAGGAAGAAAAAAGAGAAGAAGGUCUAUCAUCAGCUAUCUCAAGUGAUAAUAAAGGCUUUGCUAUGCUAAUGAAAAUGGGAUACAAGCCUGGUCAAGGAAUAGGUAAAACCGAGUCAGGAAUAUCAGAACCUAUUCCUGUAGAUGUCAAAGCAAAUAGGUUGGGUUUAGGAAAAGCAGUGAAGAAGACUAAAAAAUGUCGGAAUCCGGAUGAAAAAUUAAAUAAUUUAAACAUGGACGAUUUUCGUGUAAGGAUGGCCCAAAGAAAAGCUGAACAUUUGAUCGAAGGCGAUUUGAGUAAGAGUCAAAGAGUCUGUGAACGACUGGAUACAUGUAAUAAAAUGGAAGAGCCACAUGAACUUUGGUUCUGGCCAACAAAAGAAAAGCCAAAAAACGAAGAUGAUUCUAGUUCUGAUUCGGAAGAGGAAGAAGAAGAAGAAGAAAUAGAAGCAUUACCGUCCACUGAAAAAUUGGAGAUUCUUACCAAGUACCUCAGAGAUAGAUAUUUUUACUGUAUCUGGUGUGGUACUGCAUUUGAUGAUCAAGAUGACUUAAAGGAAAAUUGUCCUGGUGGUACUCGAAAUGAUCAUUAAAUUCUUAUACUAGAGUACUUUUUUUGUCUUAUCUAUUGCCCUCUGCUGUUAUAUUAAGCUACUUUAAAGGAACUCAAUAAAAUUAAAAACUGAUUGGAUGAAA